GGCGGGGCGGAGGGGUGUGGGCCCGGGGACCGCGGCGCCCGGCGGGCCAGUGGCUGGUUGUCAGAACAGUCGCCGCCGGAGUGGGGCGAGGGUGCGUCCCUCGGUCUGGGACGUUCGGGGCCGCGUAAAGAUGAGAGCACAGAGGACGCAGGGCCGCUGGAAGCGCAGGUAACGGAGCCGGGGUGCAGUAGGGCCGCGACAGGCUUCUUCCCGGACCCGUGCUGGAUGGAGAGGACCGAGGCGACGCCGUACCGCGGCUCCUAGCGGCGGGGCCGGUGCCCGAGCUGCAGCUGCCAGGUGAGGAUGUGUGGAGCCCGGGCGGCGCGGGGGAGCUGAGAGCCUUCGGGCCCCAGGACCCCCGGGGCCCGGGAUGAGUUAGCGAGGACAACUGCGGGGGCCAGUUCCGACUGCUACAGGCCACGGCCGCCGCCCGCCCGCCCCUUCCGCGCCGGAGCCGCUAGCUCUUUUCCGCGCCCGUCCGCCUGCCUGCGCUCCCGGCGCCGGAGACCAUGAGGUUCCGCAUCUACAAGCGGAAGGUGCUGAUCUUGACGCUCGUAGUGGCCGCUUGCGGCUUCGUCCUCUGGAGCAGCAAUGGGCGACAAAGGAAGAACGAGGCCCUCGCCCCGCCGCUGCUGGACGCCGAGCCCGCGCGGGGUGCAGGCGCCCGGGCCGGGGACCAUCCCGCCGUGUCCGUGGGCAUCCGCCGGGGCUCCAACGAGUCGGCGGCUCCGCUAGUCGCGGCGGCCCCGCACCCCGAGGUGGACAACCUGACGCUGCGGUACCGGUCCUUAGUGUACCAGCUGAACUUUGACCAGACGGUGAGGAAUGUAGGUAAGGCCGGCUCCUGGGCCCCCCGAGAGCUGGUGCUGGUGGUCCAGGUGCACAACCGGCCUGAAUACCUCAAACUGCUGCUGGACUCACUUCGAAAAGCCCAGGAAAUCGACAACGUCUUCGUCAUCUUUAGCCAUGACUUCUGGUCGACCGAGAUCAAUCAGCUGAUUGCUGGGGUGGAUUUCUGUCCGGUUCUGCAGGUGUUCUUUCCUUUUAGUAUUCAGUUGUACCCCAACGAGUUUCCGGGCACUGACCCCAGAGAUUGCCCCAGAGACGUGGAGAAGAAUGCAGCUUUGCAGAUGGGAUGCAUUAAUGCUGAAUAUCCCGACUCCUUCGGCCAUUAUAGAGAGGCCAAAUUCUCCCAAACCAAACACCACUGGUGGUGGAAGCUGCAUUUUGUAUGGGAGAGGGUCAAAGUCCUUCGAGACUAUGCUGGCCUCAUACUUUUCCUAGAAGAGGAUCACUACUUAGCCCCAGACUUUUACCAUGUCUUCAAAAAGAUGUGGCAAUUAAAGCAGCAAGAGUGUCCUGAGUGUGAUGUUCUCUCCCUGGGGACCUAUACUGCCAUUCGCAGUUUCUAUGGCGUUGCUGACAAGGUAGAUGUGAAAACGUGGAAAUCCACAGAGCACAAUAUGGGUCUGGCCUUGACCCGGGAUGCGUAUCAGAAGCUGAUUGAGUGCACAGAUACUUUCUGUACUUACGAUGAUUAUAACUGGGACUGGACCCUUCAGUAUUUGACUGUAUCUUGCCUUCCAAAAUUCUGGAAAGUGCUGGUUCCUCAAGUUCCUAGGAUUUUUCAUGCUGGAGACUGUGGUAUGCACCACCAGAAAACCUGUAGACCAUCCACCCAGAGUGCCCAAAUUGAGUCACUCUUAAAUAAUAACAAACAGUACCUGUUUCCAGAAACUCUAACUAUCAGUGAGAAGUUUAUGGCAGCCCUUUCCCCACCUAGGAAAAAUGGAGGGUGGGGAGAUAUUAGGGACCAUGAACUCUGUAAAAGUUAUAGAAGACUGCAGUAAAAAAUUACAAUUACAAAAGCAAAAGUAGUGACAGUCUUCUAUUUUUGAUAUUUGUCCAAACAGAAUAUACAAUUGAAUAAAAGGGUUUAGGAACUGGUUUCUGCUUUAGUACAACAAUAGAAUUCUUGUAAAAGGUGUCCCAAUAUAGUAAUCUUUUCCUUUUGUGUCUUAAGAUUUAAAACACAAGUUUUCAUUUUGAGAAUUGGGUUUUAAAGCUCAAUGUGUAUCUGCUAAAGGUAAUCAUUAUUGUUAAUUGAUAAGAAAGAAGGGGAGGGCUUCCCUGGUGGCGCAGUGGUUGAGAGUCUGCCUGCCGAUGCAGGGGACACAGGUUCGUGCCCCGGUCCGGGAAGAUCCCACAUGCCACGGAGCGCCUGGGCCCGUGAGCCAUGGCCGUUGAGCCUGCGCGUCUGGAGCCUGUGCUCCGCAACGGGAGAGGCCACAACAGUGAGAGGCCCACAUACCGCAAAAAAAAAAAAAAAAGGAAAUUUUAUUUAAAUUGCAUCUAUUAAUCUUUUUAUCCGGAACUUUGUACACUUUUCCACGUUCAAGACUUCUUUUAAGUACAGCAAAAUUUAUUUAAAAUUGUCAUAUUAGUAAAAAGUAUUACAAUGAAAUUGUUGAGUAUUAAUGGAACAAGCCCAGCUUCACUCUUGACACAGUUACGAGAAAGGGAUUGCUUCACUGGUUUUAUAACUCGAAAGUUAUGUUUGUUAAACACCCUGUCAGAACAGAGUCAUUUUCAGUAUUAAAGAUUCCUGUAUUAUUGUGUUAAGAUUUGCCUGUGCUCUGGAACUUUCAUAGAACACACUUUCUUUUGGAAUGUAUUUGAUUGAUAAGAAAGUUUAAACACUGUUUUUCACCUCAAUGUAGAAAUACAGUGGGUUUUUUUUUCUUUUAGUGCUGCCAAAAUAAA